UGGCGUGCUGGCCGUGGAUUGGCCACACGCAGCGGCGGGCUGCGUCUCUCCCCGCCCCCGAGCCGAGCCGCUGUUGGUCCAAGAUGGCGGCUGCGGAGGGGUCCGCGGGCGAAGGGGAGCUGUGGCAGAGCUGGCUGCCUAACCACGUCGUGUUCUCGCGGCUCCGCGAGGGCCUGCAGAGCCAGAGGCCAGCCGAAGCGGAGAAGCCAGCGGCCUCGCCCUCGCGCCCGCCGCUGCCGCCGCGUUUGCUGACGAGAAACCUGGUCUUCGGCCUCGGCGGCGAGCUGUUCCUGUGGGACGCGGAAGGCAGCGCCUUCGUGGUGGUUCGCCUUCGCGGCCCCAGCGGCGGCGGCGGCGCGGAGCCCCCUCUCUCCCAGUACCAGAGAUUACUUUGCAUAAAUCCACCCAUCUUUGAAAUUCACCAAGUCUUGUUAAGCCCGACGCAACAUCAUGUAGCACUUAUAGGAAUGAAAGGACUUACGGCAUUAGAAUUACCUCAGAGGUGGGGGAAAGAUUCCGAAUUUGAAGGCGGAAGAGCAACUGUGAAUUGUAGUACCACUCCCAUUGCUGAGAGAUUUUUCACCAGUUCUACCUCGCUGACUCUGAAGCAUGCUGCAUGGUAUCCAAGUGAGAUGCUGGAUCCGCACGUGGUGCUGCUGACUUCAGACAAUGUGAUAAGAAUUUACUCUCUCCGUGAACCUCAGACACCCAUUAAAGUGAUUGUACUUUCAGAAGCAGAAGAGGAAAGUUUAAUACUCAAUAAAGGGAGGGCAUAUACAGCAUCUCUAGGAGAAACGGCGGUGGCCUUUGACUUUGGGCCACUGGCAACCAUCUCAAAGAAUAUAUUUGGGCAAAAAGGCAUAGAAGAAGUAGUGGCAUACCCACUGUACAUCCUCUAUGAGAACGGGGAGACCUUCCUCACCUAUGUCAGUCUGCUACACAGCCCUGGGAAUAUUGGGAAGCUGCUGGGCCCGUUGCCUAUGCAUCCUGCAGCUGAAGAUAACUACGGUUACGAUGCCUGUGCUGUGCUUUGUCUGCCCUGUGUUCCCAAUAUCCUAGUAAUCGCGACCGAGUCAGGAAUGCUCUAUCACUGCGUGGUCUUAGAGGGGGAAGAGGAAGAUGAUCCACUGGCAGAAAAGUCCUGGGACCCCAGGGCUGACCUUAUUCCUUCUCUGUACGUGUUUGAGUGUGUUGAACUGGAACUUGCCCUGAAACUGGCGUCUGGAGAGGAUGACCCCUUUGCUUCUGACUUUUCCUGUCCAGUUAAACUACACAGAGAUCCCAAGUGUCCUUCAAGAUACCACUGUACCCAUGAGGCUGGCGUGCACAGUGUUGGACUGACUUGGAUUCACAAACUGCACAAAUUUCUUGGAUCAGAUGAAGAAGACAAGGAUAGUUUACAGGAGCUCGCUGCUGAGCAGAAAUGCUUUGUGGAACACAUUCUUUGUACAAAGCCAUUGCCGUGCAGGCAGCCAGCUCCAAUCCGAGGGUUCUGGAUCGUCCCGGACAUCCUGGGACCCACGAUGAUCUGCAUCACCAGUACCUACGAGUGUCUCAUACGGCCGUUACUAAGUACAGUCCACCCGGCAUCCCCUCCCCUGCUGUGUACCCGAGAAGACGCCGAAGUAGCAGAGUCUCCACUGCGGAUUCUGGCCGAAACCCCGGACUCGUUUGAGAAGCAUAUUAAAAGCAUCUUGCAACGUAGUGCCGCCAACCCAGCAUUUCUCAAGUCAUCUGAGAAGGAUCUGGCUCCGCCUCCUGAGGAGCGCCUUCAGCUUAUCAGCAGAGCCACCCAGGUGUUCCGAGAACAGUACAUUCUCAAGCAGGACCUGGCCAAGGAGGAGAUUCAGCGGAGGGUCAAGUUACUAUGUGACCAAAAGAGGAAACAACUAGAAGAUCUCAGUUACUGUCGAGAGGAGAGGAAAAGCCUCCGGGAGAUGGCCGAGCGCUUAGCUGACAAAUACGAGGAAGCCAAAGAGAAACAAGAAGAUAUCAUGAACAGGAUGAAAAAAGUGCUUCACAGUUUCCAUACUCAGCUCCCAGUUCUGUCCGACAGCGAGAGAGACAUGAAGAAAGAGCUCCAGCUGAUACCUGAUCAGCUUCGACAUCUAGGCAAUGCCAUCAAACAGGUUACUAUGAAAAAGGAUUAUCAACAGCGAAAGAUGGAAAAGGGGCUGAGUCCUCAGAAACCCACCAUUACUCUCAGUGCCUACCAGCGAAAGUGCAUUCAGUCCAUCCUGAAGGAAGAGGGUGAGCACAUAAGGGAAAUGGUAAAGCAAAUCAACGACAUCCGAAACCAUGUCAACUUCUGACGCCAUCUGAAGUCAACAGAGCUGAAGGCUUACAAUCCCGUGCUGUAAAACCAGCAGGUAGCACUAUCUGUCUAAUUUAUAAAGCAGCAUUCUGGAUAAACUUUGGUGUGGUUAUUUUAUUUUGUUAUUCCUUUUAUAGUAUUCGAAUAAAUUUUUAUUCAAAAAAUUGA